UCGUAUCUUUGUCAAUAAAACCAGAGAAACGAACUUACGAAAAAAAGAUUCACAAAAAACAGCCGACGAGAGGCAGAAGAAGAUGGGAAGUGAGGUGAAGAACCCUAAAAACAAGCCGCAGCUAAACCCCAACUGGUCCCAGCUUCGCCAAAAACUGAACUGUCACAGCUCUAAACCAAAAUCAAACGCAGAAACCCAUCAAAGCGUAUUGGGAAAGCGCAAGGAGAGGUCUAAUGCGGAGUCCGAUGAUUCCCAGCCUAAUCCUCUCACUCCAACGUCCUCCGAUUGCAGCGUGACAGAUGCAAUAGCGAUGGAUUGCGAAAUGGUUGGUGUGAGCCCUCUAGGAAAUAAAAGCGCCCUUGGACGAGUCACACUGGUUAAUAAGUGGGGAAAUGUCAUAUAUGAUGAGUAUGUUCGACCAGUUGAUCGUGUUGUUGACUUCCGAACGAAAAUCAGCGGCAUCCGACCUCAGCACCUGAGGAAAGCAAAAGAGUUCCGCGUUGUUCAGAAAAAGGUUGCGGAGUUGAUCAAGGGAAGUAUUCUUGUUGGCCAUGCCUUGCGCAACGAUCUUAAGGCAUUGCUAUUAACUCAUUCAAAGAAGGAUCUGCGGGAUACCUCCGAAUAUCAACCCUUUCUGAAUAAGGAAGGCCGGAGCAAAGCACUUCGACAUCUUUCAGCUGAGUUUCUCGGUGUGAAGAUACAAAAUGGGGAGCAUUGCCCUAUAGAAGAUGCCCGUGCUGCGAUGCUGCUUUAUCAGAGAAACAAGAAAGAAUGGGAGAAAAGCAACAAAGAUUUCGCCAGACUAAAGGAAAAACAGAAGAAACGUAAACAAAAAAAGAAACCUAAGGAGCUUGAAACUUUAAGUUCCAACAACGGUACUGCGGCUCUAUCUUAGCUUCAUUUUGCUUUCAGAAGCUGCAGUAAACGCUUCGGAAGCAGCCUAAAACCAUACCAAAUGCUCAAUGAAAACUCACUCAAAUAGUUAUCGGGAUCGAAACAAGAAUUGAGCUUGUCAGAAUCACAAUAUGAAAAAGGAAGAACGGAUAUGAGGACACACCCUUGUGCAACUCUUUUUGCUUAUCUUGAUUUGAUAUUUAGUUGAAUUGGUUUUAUUUCAUUGAAUGUACGAAUUUGCAUUUAGAUUGAAUUUGUUAGGUGAUUAUACUGUAAUACUCUUGUAACAUGUCGGAGUAAAGAUCAGUGAAUCUUCUUUUUUUUUUUGUCUUUUUUUUUUUGGGUCAAUCGGAAUUUAAAUCUUUUUUUUUUGGUCUAAUCAGUGUAAAA